UAUUGAGUGAAACACUGAAUGAUAGUCGCUCAUAUAAAACUUUAAAGGUUUUUUUUUCUAUCUGAAGCUUUGCAGUAUACGUAGCAAAAUUGAUAUUAGAAAGCAAAGUUAUGUAUCUGAAAUCAAUCUUAACGUUUUUAGUUAUAAUAGUACCGCUGGACACCAAAAUUUACCUGAACCACAUGGCAUCGUUGUUUUUACCUUAUGAGCACGGCCCUUUGAAGUUUUCAUUAGAAAAAGAAUCAGCAGAAAAAGGAGAGGUAGACAAUGCUAGAGGCUUGUUUUAUACAGUUGGUGGUGAUUUUAUUCACGUUGUUGACAUAAGAGAUCCAAGAUCCCCCCAGAUAUUGUUUUACAUGAAAAAAGCGAACGCCGGUUUUACAGACGUAGGUGUUUGCGGGGAUUACGUUGUAGCGACAAGCGACAAUGCCACGCAUCCUCUUAAUGGCCGACUUUAUAUCUUCUUAGCGUAUGAUUUUGACACUCAGAGUUUGGAAUUGGUUAAUACAUUGACAGUUGGAUCACUUCCCGACAUGGUGGCGUUUACAAGUGAUUGUAAGAAGGCUGUUAUCGCCAUCGAGGGAGAGAGGCGAGAGAUAAACGGACAAGCCGUGGAUCCUGAGGGAGAGAUAGCAAUCGUUGAAUUCAUCCCUGGACUCCCGCUGUCUUUUAAAAUUACAAAUUUGAAUUUUAAAGCCUUCAAUUCAAUGGCGGCAGCUUACAUGAGGAGGGGUGUCCGAAAGAUUUUCCCAAACAAUACAUUCUCAGAGGACUUGGAACCAGAGUAUGUGACCAUUAGCGAUGAUGACAGGACUGCUUAUGUUGUUCUUCAGGAAAACAAUGCAAUGGUAAAGGUUGAUCUAACAAGUGACAAGAUCAUUGAUAUAUUUCCACUUGGAACAAAGGAUUGGUCUGCUCUUAAACUUGAUCCGAGUGAUCGAGAUGGAGGUAUCAAUCUAGCAUCUUAUCCAAUAAGAGGUAUCUACAACCCAGAUUCUAUCAAAUUUAUGAACAUUAAUGGCGAAGACUAUAUCAUCACAGCCAACGAAGGAGAUGAGAAAGAAUAUGAAUUCUCAAAUAGCGAGCCCUGGUCAGAAUCGACAGAGGGUUCCAAAUUAGGUAGACUGCUCUCAAAUGACGUGUCUGAUGAGUUAAAAUCUCUCCUAAUGGACGAGACUAAACUUGGGAGGAUGCCCUUCAGUACGACUGAACAAGAUUUAUCACAAGAUGGCGGGAAACUUUUGGACUUCCUCACUUAUGGAGGGCGUAGUUUCUCUCUCUUCCGAGCUUCAGAUAUGUCCCAAGCAUACGAUAGUGGAGAUAAAUUCGAACAGGAAAUCAAAAGAUCGUUUCCAGAUUAUUUUAAUGCUGCGAUGAAAAUUGGAAUACCACAGAUUGCGGAGCCAGAGGGUAUAGCUGCAGGGAGGAUUGGCAACAAAACAGUAAUAUUUGUUACAAUGGAGAGACCGGGAAUGACGGCCAUAUUCUCCAUCGGGAGCAGGGGCAGACUUAAACCAAAGUUCGAGAGCAUUCACAAUGGGGCUGGCUGCAAUCCAACCAAGAAGGUGGAAGAACUAUACAGAGACAGAGAAAUUCAGUAUGGUAGUGCAGAGACUGGAGUAUUCAUUCCAAAAACUGACAGUCCAAAUGGUAAAGACCUUUUCAUAGUCGUGGGAACAUUUACCAGCACGGUAUCUAUCUAUGAAGUCAAAAACAAUAGGGGGAGAAAGAGGUAUCGUCCGAGAUACUGUCAAUAAAAGGGAACAACUCGACAAUAAACGAAUUAUAAAACAAAUUCGACAAUACAAAACAACAAAAGAUAUCGUAGAUCACAAUGAAAUAGCAGUGCGCGUCACGCCAUUUAUUUUGUAUGGACUUAUCCACUCAGAUAUGUAUAAACGGGGAAAUUAAGUAGAUAUCAGCAAGAAAUGAAACCUUUAGGAUCACAAAUGGCACUUACAAAGACACCCUAAUGACAGAAAAACCUACGAAAACUAGUCCGCUUGAAACACUCAAUGGUGUUUCAUCAUCAGUACAUCUUUCAACUGUGUGUAUUCUCAUAAAACAUGCUGAAACUCUAAUGUCAACAUCGGCAUCCGCUCUCGAUCUCCAGUCGUCCUCCUCGGGCAAUGGCUUGUGGUGCUAAACAAAAAUUUCAAAAAGGCUUUAGUUAAGCUUUAAUGUCCUGUUUAAGAACCUCUAUUCCAACUUUCAAAAAUGGAUUCUAGCAAUACUAUCCCACGUGAAUCUACUU